CUCCACUCUGGGACGCAGUGCCGGUAGCCCUCGGAGCAAGUGACGGGGGCCCACGGGGAGUGUCUCCCAACUUCUCGGCCGGAGGACGGGGAAAAAAAAUAAUAACCCUGGUUCGGAAGAGGUGGCCAACGAGGGGACCAAGGCACUUGCCCUUCUGGCCCACCCUGAGCUCCCGUCAUCCACUGCCCCAUCCGUGACCGGCUCCCACUCACCCGGCGGUGGCAGAAGACGGUGGAUUAACCCCUAAGCCCGUGGCCAGACGCAGCUUCCAGCAGCCUCCACAGCACCGGGGGUGGCCCCAGACACCCGCUGGGGACAUCUCUGCGCCACCGUCCUCACCACCGGGGACACACCCGCUGCGGGUGAUUUCACGAGCGCAACGUAGUGCAGGGAAGCAGGGGUACAGGCACCCCUUCCCACUUGCUGAAAGCCAAGGUGACGUGAGCCGUUCCCCCAAGAGCAUCGAAGCAGGAGCGAUGGGGAGGCCGGGAAUGUGACAGGCCACCCCAGUGCUGGAAGCCCAGCAAGGGCUGGUUUUGGGGGCUUUUUCAAAGGCAGGGGCGAGGUGAGGGGUGCAACAUGAGCCUGGGGAAGCUGCCGGUGCUCAGCUGGGUGUCGGGCUCCCACGGCAAGCGGCGGCUGAAGUCGGAGCUGACGCCGGACAUGAUCAGCCCGCCGCUGGGGGACUUUCGGCACACCAUGCACGUGGGGCGCGGCGGGGACGUCUUCGGGGACACCUCUUUCCUCAGCAACCACGGCGGGGCCGACACGGCCAAAGCCAACAACUUCUUUGCCCGGACGCUGCGGCACGUCCGCCGGACGCCACUGAGGAGCCGGGGCAGUGGGGGCCAAGCAGGGGCAUCGCCUGCCCCCCCGGCCGUCUCGCCCAUCAUCAAGAAUGCCGUCUCGCUGCCACAGCUCAACGAGGGGACAUACGACGGCAGCGGCGGCCGGGGCUUGACCAGCAAGUUCUCCUUCAAAAGUGCCUCCAACAGCUUCUCCAAAACGCACCAGGCCUACGGGCUGGAGUCCGGGUUUUGCACCAUCCCUCGCGUCCCUCGCUUGGAAAAGGCCCAAGAGAGCACCUUCCCCGGGGAAGCAGAGCUGAAGCGCUCGGACUCCCUGCUCUCCUUCCGCCUGGACCUGGGGCCCUCCCUGAUGAGCGAGCUCCUCCAGGUGAUGAGCUUCUCCGAAACCAACGGGAGCGAGGUGGGAGAGGAUGGCCCAGACCUCCCGUGUGGUGAGGGGACCAAGGACGGGGUCCCUCCAGCAUCAGGUGCAUCCCACGGAGAGGACAAGGCAACGUCCAGCUUCUGGGACCACUCCAGGCAGAGCAGCCUGUCGGGGGCCAGCUCGCUGCUGGGACUGUCAGUCCAUGCCAACGGAGAGGCACACGCCAUCGAGGGCACUGGAGAGGACCCUGCCUGGGCUUCAGGGCUGGGGGCAGCACCCAGAGGGACCCCGUGGCAGGGGCACUGGAACGACUGCACCAUCGAGGCAGGAGAGUUUGACCGGGCAGCCCAGGUCCUGGCCCGCCAUUACGGUGGGACCAGCACCCCGCGGAGCUCGGAGAAGGGCAAGGGUCCCCAGCAGGCCCGGACACAGACCCUGUGGGAGAGCCCCAGCAGCAGCUCAUGGCGGUCGCAAGUGACAGGGGAGAGCCAGUCCCCCAAGGCCACCUGGAACCAAGGAGAGGAGGAGGAGGAGGAGGAGGAGGAGGCCAAGCUCUCCAGCUUGCAGGAGGGGUACGCUGGUGCCCGGGGGAGGCGCAGCAAUUCCUUCGAGUACGCCGAUGAGGAGGAGGAGGAGGAUGAUGAAGUCAAGGUGUGAAUGGCCAUCCCUCCUGUCACGGCCCCUGCCAGAGGCACCAGUGCCGGGGUCUUCGCCCUCCUCCCUGUCCCCCACCCUCAGGCACCAGCAUCACCAGCAGACCCAGCAGGCGACCUCCUUGCCAAGCUGGGGGCACUGGGGGGCUGGAGGGGAGCAGGAGGAGAGCCCGUCUCCUGGGGGCUCCCUGGGGCUGGGCCAGGCUGCUGUGGAGGGCUGGUGAGUGCUGUGCAUCGCAGCGCCGGACAUCACGGCCCUUUGCCAACCUCACUGCAAUUAGACGCCAAAGGGACAUUCUUAUGUGCCAAAGAAACUCUAAACCCCUUCCUACCCCAUCCCGUCUCCCCCUGGCAUCCUCUCUCCCAUCCCUCAGCCUGGCCCCACCAGCAUCUCCAGGCACAUACCCUGUCCUCCCACCAAAGCCCCCAACCACCCCCUGCACUGGCAUGCGUGCCCUCCCAGAGAUAUUCCCACUGAUAGCUCUGGCACGUAGGGGAUGGAGGUCUCCCCAGCUCCAGCUGGUUCAAGACCCUCCCGUAUAGCACAUCUGUCUACCAGAGGAGGUCAGCUGGGAGCUCAAGGGGCAGGCAAACCCCACAGAGCUAAGCUUUCUCUUUUCCCCUCCCCAAAAAAAAGCCGUGAGCUCAGCGUUCAGGAGGUGAGAGCAUGCACAGACGUAAUCGCAGGGGUCUUUCCACUUGCCUCCUGCUGCUGAGCGUCACUCAGGACGGCUCCUUUUCCAACCCCCGCCCCCUCGCAGCAGGGAGGGGAGAAACUUCUUGGCUGGCUGGAGGCAGAGGCGGGGUUGUCAGGUCACCAAAUUCUGCAGCUUGGGCCUUAAAAAUCCCUUCUUUUCCCCCCACCUCAGAACAAGGAGACUCCCACUCUGCAGCCACUCGGUCUGUGCCACCUCUUCUCCAUCCUCGCCCCCUCUCCCCGUUCCCUGCGCGCACACCCCUCUUUCCAGCAUGCCCCUUCCCAGGGGUAUGCAUGGAGGACGGCUAAUGCCCCUCGCUGAGUGGCCCUGGGCGACAUGGCCUCCCUGGAACGAGCUGCCCCCACGCUGCCCCGCGUGCAAACUGGCCCUCACAGAAGCGCCUUUGUGCCGCAACGUGGAGCCGAGAUGCUCGGGGGCUGAGGUCACCAGAGGGACCCUCACAGGACCCCUCUUGUUCUCCAGGACAGGAGGGGGUGUGCGGCGGGGGGAGAUGCUGGGCCGUGGCCACAAGGCUCCGCUCCCACGCAGCUCACCCGCCCCCGGCUGCUUCUGGCAGGGAGCUCUUCAGAGCAGAAUAAAGAGGCUCCAGCGUGCACGCGUGUUGUACAUGGGAGUGCCGCUGGCAGUCAGGCCAUCGAGGUUACAGGCAAGCCCAUCUCCCCCAGCCUCCCUGGGCGGCUGCCUCAUGCCGGCCGGCAGCAGCAAGCCGGGACAGGCAGCAGCUUCAGGGAGUCCCCAGCUCUGGCUACUGGCACCCAGCAGGAUCAGCCUUAUCACCCCUGCACCCUCCGGAGCAGGGACUCUGGCUCUCAGGACAAGCUCCCCCACCCUCUGCUUUCCAGACUGUAACACAAGCUCCAGACCAAAGACCCACAUCCGUGGAAUAUCCUUUCUGCCUCCACUCUGUAUCCCAUGCACUUAUUAUUGUCCUUAUUAAACAGUUUUGAUACUAA